GAACCUAGGCGCUGGGUGAGGCGCGGCUGCGCGAAGUGCGCCGUCGCCAUGGUAACCGCGAAAGCCUGGGCCCUGGGAGAGGUAUUUUUGGAGUGAAUGGAGCCAGAAGGAACUCUAGAAUCAGAGGGUUCAGAAAAGUCAGUAUUUUCCUCACAGCAAGAAUAUGAAGAAUCCCAAGAAGCAGAUGAAACAGGCCCGGAGAACCCCCUCUUGCAGCCGGCUCUCACAGGGGAUGUAGAAGGUUUGCAGAAGAUUUUUGAGGAUCCUGAACAUCCUCACCAUGAGCAUGCUAUGCAGCUGCUUCUAGAAGAAGACAUCGUUGGGAGAAACCUGUUGUACGCAGCUUGCAUGGCUGGGAAAAGUGAUGUAAUUAGAGCCUUGGCAAAGUAUGGGGUGAAUCUGAAUGAAAAAACCGCCAGAGGGUACACGCUCUUACACUGCGCUGCAGCCUGGGGCCGCCUGGAAACUUUGAAGGCCCUGGUGGAACUGGACGUUGAUAUAGAGGCUUUGAACUUCCGGGGAGAGAAAGCUCGGGACGUUGCCGCUCGCUAUUCUCAGACUGAGUGCGUUCAUUUUCUGGACUGGGCAGAUGCAAGGUUGAUUCUGAAAAAAUUUAUUACAAAGUCCUCUCUCAUCGUUACUGAACCAGAAAAGGGACCGGGGAAACUCCUCAAGGAUGACAAGAACACUAUCCUCAAUGCAUGUCGUAUGAAAAAUGAGUGGUUGGAAACCCAUCCAGAAGCUUCCAUCAGUGAGCUUUUUGAGCAGAAACAACAACUAGAGGAAAUUAUGGCUCCCAUCCUCACAAAAAUUUCUACACCACGUCAAGUGAAAAGUGCCCGAUCGGUAAUCUAAGCCAUCGUCCGCAAAGAAAUCAAGACUGUGCCUUCUACAGACCCCAGAUGGUGUAGAAGGCUACGUUAUCUUCCAGUAUUAGAUAAGACAAACCAAUUCCUGCCAGCUGAAUUCAAGAAAUAGACCCAGGGUUUUGCAGAAAUGUUUGGAUACAAAUUCAGUCAGCCUGGCUUUGUGUAAGGCUGUUCAGAAUACUCACACCUGGCUCAGGGGCUGGGCCUCUGCUCCUCCAAACACAUCUCCUCAUGAGUUCUCCAAUCAUGGCUCUUUAUGAGUUCCCACAUUCCUUUGGAAGAGCCGAGCAAGGAUUUCAAAACCAGACCGAGAAUCUAAUUUUCUGUGUCACUAAGGCAAGAUAUUUCCACUAGACCAGGGAAAUCCAUUUUCAAAAGAUUCACUAGGCCAUUUUUAAAGGGAAAAUAUCUGUUUCUUCUGUCUCAAACAGCAAAUACUAAUAGUUGUUUGGGGGCAGGCUCCUUUGGUUUUAGCUCUUAUUUUUUUUAUGUCCAAAUUAAAAUUUACCUGGAAGGUGGGAGACAGUUUCUGGGAAAAGCCCACUGUUACCUUUAAUAUUGGUAAUAAACACAAAUCUGGCUAGCUUCCCCUAUCUAGGAGGUUUGGUAAUAUAGAUAUUGUAACUGGAGCCAUGCCACUUCCUACCAUUUUCUGUUAUAUUGCCCAGGUUUUAAAGGUCAUGGUUACCCAAAAAUUCAUUGGAAAGUCCUUUUUCUAGUCAAAUUAAGCAGGACUCUGAACUUCUAUUCUUUUGUGACUUUCUGGGAAAUAUUUUAUAGAAAAUAAAACAUAAAAAAAAGGAGAGAGAAUAUUCCUCAUUCUUAUCACUUCCUCCUCUUUGUCUUGCUAUGCAAACUAUUUUUUCAAUUGAGAGGAGAAAGAAAACAAGGAAGUCAUUCAGUAACACUCACCAGGCCAUAUUCUCUUGGUCAUGGCAUUGAGAUAAUCUUGGUUUAAAUGUUUCUCCAAAUCUCACAUUUGAGAUCUUUUCAGUAUAUGAGCAAUUUCCAUCCACCAGAAGCAUUACUGUUAGCCCAUCUGCAAGACACCCUGAGUACUUACUGCUGGGAGCAGAAGGGGAUCUUUGUUUGGCCCUUUCAAUCCGUGUAGUUCAGGAUACUCAGUGCACAUCAGCACUGGGAUCAGUGGGAAGAGGCCAGGUGCACUUCUUUGUUGCUGUUAUUUUCAUUAUAAGCCACAUUUUCUGAGCCUUGAUCAUGAAUACAACAGAGCUUUUUCAGGUCUGUCCUCCUGGUAAGUAGGAAGAGAGUUCUGAACUUCCUUCUGUUUCAGAAGCAUUUUGAACCAUCUACUAGAAUAACCUUUCUCUCCCUCUUUUGUCUCUCAAUCUUUGUCCUCAGAUAUUUUAUAGCCUUUGAUACACUUGCUAACACCGUAUUUGUAUGAUCUCUGGAUUGGCACCUUUGACCAACACCCCAACUUUCUUAUAAUCUGCUUUUCUAACUCCCCACAAGCUUCUCUUCUUCUUGACCCUUGCUGUCAGAACCUCUCAGAAUUCAAUCCUGAUUCUUGGUGGGACAGUUGUUUUUCUUUACCCCAUGACAAUCUCCAAUAUUAUAGAGAUUUAAACCUUCCUUCCUUCUUUGGGGGGCACUUAUGGUGCCAGAAGCCUCAUUCUGUGCUCAGUGUAAUUAUCCACAUGCUUGUCUAGCUGUGUGAAUGAACAAUGAUCUUUUUGAAAAAAAGACUUCCUCAUACCUAAAGAGCAUGCAAAAUAGUAAGUCAGUAAAUAAAAGUUGGAUUGACUCACUUAGUACUACCUUACUCCAAGCACCUAGCAUUGCCUUGCACUAACUAGUACUCAUGGAACUCAUUACAUUUCCAUUCAUUUAUAGAGCUUGAUUACAUUAUAGAACUAUCAAUCUUAUCUUAUGCCUUGCUUUUGUCAAUGCACUAUUGCAUUACCUACUCCUUCAACAGAAAAGCCAUACCCACAUCAAACAUUGCAACUCUAUGUCUGCCUUCUCUCAACUUCAUAUUUCUUAACCUGUCAUCUCUAAUGUUAUAGACCUAGUGAUUUCCAAGAGAUUCUUGGAUCUCAUUUAGGAGAUUCUGUUGAAGUGGGGCCCUAAACAUUUAUUUAUAUCUGUGGAUCUAUAACUUCUGUUUUGCAAGAGAUGAUUAUCAGUUAUUACCUAUUGUUGUACUGACUUAUAGAUAGAUUAAUAGAAGAUUUAAAUGCUCUUAUGCUGUGAGUUUGAUGUUAUUUUAUUAGCUGCCUGGUGUCUUCUGAACUUGCAUAGAGUAGUUACUUUUUAAAAAGCACAUGCCAACAAUUCAGGAAUGCCUCCAUAGUAUUUGAAAAGUAGUCAAAGCCUAAUUCAAUGUUAAGAUCAGUUCUAGAUAGUAGUUCUUUAGGUUUUGUGUUUCACUGAUCUUAAAAAAUGUAAAAGUAUAAAGGUAGGAUAUUAAUAUAACAUUAUUACAAUAACUUCUGCCUGCUAUCAACUGUCUUGUAACAAAAGUUGUUUUAAUAGCAAAAGAGUAGGAUCUAUGUGAUGAUGGUUGGAACUUUAUGUUAGACUUACUUUUCUCAUUUUGCCACAUAUUAUAGAAUUUUAUCAUAUACCAGAACUAAUGUAGUAUCUAAUCUUUGACAACUACUGCUCUUGAACAAUGGAGGCAGACUGAUAUUUAUUUUAACAUAAAACCCCACAUUGUAAAAGGCUGACAAUUAACGCCAGUGUUUGUCUGAUAUGCAGUGGAUUAUAUUGUCCAGGAUAACCUAAUCUCCCAUUUCACACACUCCUCUUACCGUGUGGUUCUGUCAUUUCUGACAUAGAAAUACGAGUCUCUGAGCUCCCUUGAAUCUAGGGAGACCGUGACUAUAGUUUAAAGUGAUUCUGUGCCAUUUCCAAGGCUAGGUUACCAGAGGUGAUGUGGCUUCUGCCUCAGUCUCUUAAGAUUUACCUUAGAAACCUGCCUGUGAGGAGACCAACAAGCAAAGGUACUGUGGCUCAAGCCUGCAGCUCUGAAUUUGCUCCAUCCAUCUAACCAUUGGGCAAACCUGCCCGAUUAUGAGUGAGUCAUCUUGGAAAUGGAUUCUCCAAUCAAGCCAAUAUUUGAUGCUAUACGGAGUGGAGGUAACUUUCUCUGCUGAGUCCUACCAGAAUCAUGGACUUCUGAGAUAAAUAAAGGUUUUGUUUUAAGCCA